AUGUCAGAUUACAACACAAUCGACUUCACCAACCCCUCCAUCUUCAUCCUGCUGGGCAUUCCUGGCUUGGAGAUGGCCUAUGUCUGGAUCUCCAUCCCCUUCUGUGCCAUGUACACCAUAGCCAUCUUGGGGAACUUCACCAUCCUGUUUAUUGUGAAGAGGGAGACGAGCCUCCAUGGGCCAAUGUACUAUUUUCUCUGUAUGCUGGCUGUCACUGACCUGGUCCUGUCUACGUCCACAACUUUGAGUAUCUUCUGGUUCAAUUCCAGGGAGAUCGAUUUCACAGCCUGCCUCACCCAGAUGUGCUUCAUUCACUGUUUCUCAGGGAUGGAGUCUGGAAUCUUUGUGGCCAUGGCUUUGGAUCGCUACAUGGCCAUCUGCCAUCCCCUGAGACAUUCCACUAAUCUGGCAAGCCCGGUGGUGGCCAAGAUCGGUCUGGCCAUGGUGCUGUGCAGCUGCGUGCUCAUACUCCCCUAUCCCUUCCUGGUGAGUCAGUGGCCAUAUUGCAGAACCAGCAUCAUCCCUCAACACUGUGAGCACAUAGCCAUAGUGCAGCUGGCCUGUGGCAACAUCCGCAUCAGUAGUUACUACAGCCUCUCUAUGGGAUUCGCUGUGAUGGGUCUGGAUGUAUUUUCUAUCACUGUGUCGUACACUCAGAUUCUCAGGGCCGUAUUCAGUCUCCCCACAAAGCACACCCGGCUCAAGACUUUUGGGACCUGUGUCUCCCACCUCUGUGCCAUUUUAGCCUUUUACAUUCCACGUAUCUUCUCCUCACUCAUCUCCUGGUUUGGUGAGAAUGUGCCCCUGCAUUUCCACGUUCUCAUUGCCAAUAUGUACCUCCUGUUGCCCCCCAUGCUAAACCCCAUCAUCUAUGGGGUGAGGACCAAACAGAUCUGGGACAGGCUGUUCAGUCUCUUUACUCAUAAAGGGGCCUAA